UUCUCUCAGAAACGCCAAUAGAGAAGAUUAACGAAGAAUUUGAAGCUGGUUUUUCGCUUCUCUGUUCUUCACCUCCUUAAACCCUAGAAGUAAAGUAUGCUCGAGGGAGGGAUAGGAAGUAUCUAAGUGAUCUGGUUGAUGAACUAGGGUUCUGUUUACUUGCGUUAAAUCAAAUAUGUCGAAGAGGAAAUUCGGCUUCGAAGGAUUCGGCAUCAACAGGCAAGCGACCUACAAUUUCGAGCAACCCCAGGCUCCGCCGAGACUCUAUGUUCCUCCGUCGUCACGUCCCGGUAGUCAUGACAACUAUGAAGAUCACGACCUCGACAACAUUGAAUAUGACGAGAGAGACAGGAGUAGGGAUGCUCCUGAGGAUCAAACUGGCGGUGGUGGUGAUGAUGAUGAUGGAGAGAUUGAUCCUCUCGAUGCAUUUAUGGAAGGAAUCCAAGAGGAAAUGAAGUCAGCGCCUCCUCCCAAGGCAAAAGAUAAACCAGAGAAGUACAGGGAUGACGAAGACGACGAUCCCAUGGAGAGCUUCUUGAGGGCAAAGAAGGAUGUUGGGCUGACUCUCGCUUCUGAGGUUCUUCAUGCUGGUUAUGAUUCGGAUGAGGAGGUUUAUGCUGCAGCGAAGGCGGUUGAUGCCGGGAUGAUUGAGUAUGAUUCAGAUGAUAAUCCAUUGGUUAUCGAUAAGAAGAAGAUUGAGCCGAUUCCGGCCUUGGAUCAUAGUUCUAUUGAUUACGAGCCAUUUAACAAGGACUUUUACGAAGAGAAAGCUUCCAUUUCAGGGAUGAGUGAGCAGGAUGUUGCUGAUUAUCGAAAAAGUGUGGCUAUACGAGUUUCAGGGUUUGAUGUACCGAGACCUGUUAAGACAUUCGAAGAUUGUGGAUUUUCAUCCCAGCUGAUGAGUGCUAUAAUGAAGCAAGGGUACGAGAAGCCAACACCAAUACAGUGUCAGGCUUUUCCAAUUGUGCUUUCUGGGAGAGACAUCAUUGGUAUUGCAAAAACUGGUUCAGGAAAAACUGCUGCUUUUGUGCUUCCUAUGAUAGUGCACAUCAUGGACCAGCCUGAACUUGAGAAGGAAGAGGGUCCAAUUGGAGUGAUAUGUGCACCUACCAGAGAAUUAGCACAUCAAAUAUAUUUAGAGUCCAAGAAAUUUGCAAAAUCUCAUGGGAUACGUGUAUCUGCUGUUUAUGGUGGAAUGUCAAAACUUGAUCAAUUUAAGGAACUUAAGGCAGGUUGUGAGAUUGUUGUUGCUACUCCUGGGAGAUUGAUAGACAUGCUGAAGAUGAAAGCACUAACGAUGUUGAGAGCAACUUACCUAGUUCUUGAUGAGGCUGAUCGAAUGUUUGAUCUUGGUUUUGAGCCACAAAUAAGAUCGAUUGUUGGUCAGAUUAGACCAGACCGUCAGACCUUACUCUUUUCAGCGACAAUGCCACGCAGAGUUGAAAAGUUAGCUAGGGAAAUUCUCAGCGAUCCUGUAAGGGUUACAGUAGGUGAGGUAGGAAUGGCCAACGAAGAUAUUACACAAGUUGUCCAAGUAAUUCCUUCUGAUGCUGAGAAGAUGCCUUGGCUUGUUGAGAAACUUCCUGCGAUGAUUGAUGAUGGGGAUGUUCUAGUAUUUUCUUCAAAAAAGGCUACAGCUGAUGGGGUUGAAUCACAAUUACUUGAGAAGGGUUUUAAAGUAGCAGCUCUCCAUGGUGAUAAAGAUCAGGCUUCUAGAAUGGACAUUUUACAAAAAUUUAAAUCUGGGAUAUACCAUGUAUUGGUUGCAACUGAUGUUGCUGCUCGUGGACUUGACAUCAAGUCUAUUAAGUCGGUUGUAAAUUUCGAUAUUGCAAAAGAUAUGGACAUGCAUGUCCAUCGUAUUGGAAGAACUGGUCGUGCAGGAGAGAAGGAUGGGACUGCAUACACUCUUAUCACACAGAAAGAGGCUCGCUUUGCUGGUGAGUUGGUAAACAGUUUGAUUGCUGCUGGUCAGAAUGUCUCUAUGGAACUGAUGGAUCUUGCUAUGAAGGAUGGAAGAUUCAGGUCGAAACGCGAUGCGAGGAAAGGAUCUGGUGGGAAAAAGGCAGGGGGAAGGGGAAAGGGAGGUGGUGGCAGUGGGCGAGGGGUGCGUGGUGUGGAUUUUGGCUUGGGUAUUGGAUAUGAACCAGGAUCAGGAAAUACAUCUUCUCCGUCAGUUCAAAGUCGAUCUGUUGCUGUUAAUUCGCUGAAAACAGGGAUGAUGGCACAGUUCAGAAGCAGCUUUGUAGCUGCAUCAUAUGAUCCUCAGAGCCAGGGUACAAAUAGCAAUCCCAAUGCAUAUGCAAACAAGAGGCCAAUGUUACCUGGUUUUGUUUCUGGUGGUUCAAUUGGUGGAGACAUAAGUAGAACACAGCCAACAAGUUCAUUGAAUCCCGCUCCAACAUUUGCUACCGCUGCUGCAAAUUCCAGAGAAAAUAGAAAUCAGAAAAAUUCUGAAAGCUCUAGAGAUAGGCCUAGGGAAAGGCGAAGGCCGUCUGGUUGGGAUCGAUAAAUCUACAUGGGAGAUGAGAACUGCUUUCCUUCCAUGAUUAAGUUCUCAUCUACAAGAUUUUUGCACCACCUGUGUAUGUAUUAUUAUUCUUACCUUAGCCUUUUUUUCCUGCUUGAUAGAUCUUUAAAUAUAGGCCCUAAAUUGCUUACACAAUUCUUUGUGUUUUUAGAUUAUAUAAUUUAUUUAUUU